AUGUCAAGGAAUCCCCCCAAUCCCCCCGACUACAACGGUAAUCGCGAGGGACCACCACCCCCCGACUACAACGGUAGUCGCCAGGGACAACCCCAAGGGCAACCUCCAGGACCGCCGCAAGGACAACCUCAAGGACCACCCCACGGACAACCUCAAGCACCACCUCCAGGACCACCUCCGGAACCUUACCAGCAAACGUGGGCUGGCGACAAUCACAUGCACUACCACGCUCCGCCGCCGCCAACUUACCAUUCAGAGCCUGAACGGCACUACUACGCACCCCCACCACCCCAAUACCCUCCAACCGUUAUGGCUGCCGUUCAUCAUGGACUUGGACAUGGACCUCCUCAUGGACAAGAUCCUUAUCGGUUACCACCACCACCUCCGGGAUACAACUCCGAUCCCUAUGGAUCCCCCGGGAGUGGUCCCUAUACGGCCGCGGCACCACGCCAACGAACUGCCAUUGCUUGUCGCUACUGUCGUCGGCGGAAGAUUCGUUGCUCAGGAUUUGAAAGCUCCUCGGAUGGGCGGUGUACUAACUGCGUCCGAUUCAACCAAGAGUGCAUGUUCACGCCCGUCUCGUCGCAGGCGCAAGCCUUUGUUCCAGCUCACGCCGCAUACCCUCAUCUGCGUAACGCCGGCCCCCGCGGCUCUCCUGUGACGCUUUACGGUGCCCAUGGGCAGCCUCUUCCCUCGCACCAACAGCCGCACCAACAGCCGCCAGGCGGCCCCGAAACCACCUUGCCGCCGCCUCAAGGGAUGUACCCGCCGCACUACGUGCCCCCCCUUGCAUCCUCUAUGCCGGAUCCGAGACAACAUGGUCGGCGAGGAUCGGGCUCCGAGCCCGCUUAUCCUGAUCCGACAAAUCUGGCUCCCGUCACCCCCACCGGGUCCCUCCCGGGAUUCCAGAACUCCAGCCAUUACUAUGCCCCUCAGCAGGAUCGGCGUACCUCGCCACAAAAUGCCUAUCCGUAUGAACCUCGUCACUCAUCUUCUCCCCACGGGUCGCCAUAUCCACCGAUGCAGCCGCCGGCAAGUGGUCCCACCCCACCGCCAUCAACAGCGACCUCUACGCCUAGCGGCUCCACACGCGGGGGACUCAAUGUACGCGACAUGCUGAACCCGGGUGAGAACCCGAAUCCCAGUGGGAACUCCGGUGAUUCUCACGGCCGCAGCAGCGCUGAUAGCGACAUGCUCAAUGCGCUUAACCGGCGCGGACCGGGUCAGUAA